AUGAAGAACAUUCCAUAUGCUUCUGCAGUCGGAAGUUUGAUGUAUGCUCAGGUCUGCACAAGGCCUGACAUUGCAUUUGCUGUUGGAACGUUAGGACAGAGUAACCCAGGUAUAGACCAUUGGAAAGCUGCAAAGAAAGUGAUAAGAUAUCUUCAAGGAACCAAAGAUUACGAGCUUAUGUACAGACGAACAAGCAAUUUAAAGGUAGUUGGCUACUCAGAUUCAGACAUUGCUAACUGUGUUGAUUCACGUAAAUCAACAUCUGGAUACAUUUUUAUAUUGGCCGGUGGAGCUAUAUCUUGGAAGAGCGUUAAGCAAACCAUGACUGCUACUUCUAUUAUGGAAGUUGAGUUCAUAUCUUGUUUUGAGGCUACUUCACAUGGUGACAUUAAGUUAAAGGUGUGGACCAAGUGGGAGAAUGUUAUCACCACCCCAUGUCGUCUCCACGUUCACCACCAUGAAGGGGUGAUUUUGAAGUGGUCACACCCACGUCCUCCACCAUAA